CCGUAGUACAAAAGACGUGUCGAGGACAGGAUCCAGUAUUUGACACGACGAUGAUACGUCUAGCAGCGUUCCUGACGGCCGUAGUGACGGCGGGAGCUUAUGUGUGUACCCCUGACAUGUGUGUGGGGAUAGAGAAGGCCCCUCUUACAUGCCCGGGGUCGGUCAUCAAGGGCGGCGGGUUCUGCGGAUGUACCGACUCCUGUGCCAAGGUGGAGGGAGACGCGUGCACGAAAUCCCCCUUCUUGCAGGGGAUAAUCCCCUACGACCACUGUGACUCCGGCCUCGAGUGUCAGUCCGCCAAUGAUGGGAUGUGGGAAAUUUUUGGGAAAGGCAAAUGUUUGAAGGUCACAAAAAGCAAACGUUUUGUUUUAUCAGGUAUUACCACGUGUGAGAGGAUGAAGAUCAAGGCCAUGACGUCACAGGUUACAUACUCGGACAAGUGGACGCCAAAGUGCGACGCCAACGGGGCCUUUGAGCCCAUGCAGUGCGACGUAGCAGGUCGUUGCUUCUGCGUUAACUCGGAUGGUCAGAUUCAAGGUAGCAGGGUCGAUGGAAAGGUCACCUGCCCAAGCAUUUGAACCCACCGAGUCGCACUUAGAGUGCGCGAUACUUGAUACGGAGCAAUGAUAUCCAGGGUCAUUUGAAUUUUUCGACAAUUUCAAUUAAAAUGACCUCGACAUGAAUCAAUUAAAAGUGUACUCAAAGGUAUGCAAUUGUUAAUAUGUUAA